AUGCAGUUCAACAUCGUCGUCGCUCUGUUGGCCAUCGGAGCCCCCUUGGCCUGUUCUUCACCUAUUGGUGCCAAGGAUAGCGAGGCAAUUCCAUUCUAUCCAAAGCGAGCCGAGAACAGCGAAGCUAUUCCAUUCUAUCCAAAGCGCUCUGAGGACAGCGAGGCUAUUCCAUUCUAUCCAAAGAGAGACGAGAACAGUGAAGCUAUUCCAUUCUACCCAAAGCGUGAUGAAAACAGCGAGGCAAUUCCAUUCUAUCCGAAGCGCGAUGAGAACAGUGAAGCUAUUCCAUUCUACCCAAAGCGUGAUGAAAACAGCGAGGCAAUUCCAUUCUAUCCGAAGCGCGAUGAGAACAGCGAAGCCAUUCCUUUCUAUCCAAAGCGUGACGAGAACAGCGAGGCCAUUCCGUUCUACCCAAAACGCUCUGAGGAAAGCGAAGCUAUCCCCUUCUAUCCGAAGCGUGAUGAAAACAGCGAGGCAAUUCCGUUCUACCCUAAGCGUUCUGAGGAAGGCGAGGCGAUUCCCUUUUACCCCUGA